GGCGGCGCCGGCGCGGAGGCUGCGGGCGGCGCCGCCGGUCGCGCGGGGCCCAUGCGGCGCGAGGGUGUCGAGGUCGGCGCGGGCGGCCAGGUGCAGCUCGCGGCGGGGCCCCGCCUGGCGGGUCGCAGCGCGGCGGCGCUACUCGCGGCGGGCUGGCGCGACGCGCGCGGUACUGGCCAUGAUGUGCAUUUCCACACAUUGCCAGAACCUGCUCCGGCUCCUACGACGGACAACGAGGCCAAACAUCCAGUUCGUGGUGGAUGUGACUACCUCGUUGCUCGUGCUCGUCCCUCCAGUGCUCGGUCUCUGCUGGUGGCCGCCGGUCUGACGGGGGACUGGGGCGCGAUGUGUUUCCCAUUGGUCAUAUCGUCCAGCGGCAUCGUCACGGGUUGGCUCUCGCUCGGCAUCGUGCGAUUGGCGAUGCCGAUCACCGAAGCCUGCCACGUCGAGCGGGCGCUGAAGGCGAUACUGCUCGUCGCUGCAAUCCUGGAGACGCCGGUGAUUCUCGGGCUCGCGAAGCUGCUGCUGCCGCCCACCUUCGCGCUGUCGGCGGACGUGCGGGAGGUGAAGUGGUGGAUAGCCACGCUGCCCGUCCUGAUCGGUCUCUGGGGAGGCCUCGUGAUCGGCGUCGUGACGGAGUAUUUCACGUCUCACAGCUACGCGCCCGUGCGGGAGAUCGCCGAGAGCCAGAAGACGAGCGCGGCGACGGGCAUCAUCUUCGGCCUGGCCCUCGGGUACAUGAGCUGCGUGAUCCCCACCCUCGUGCUCGCAGGGACCAUCGUGUCGUCCUACAUCCUGUGCGGCAUGUACGGGGUGGCGCUCGCGGCCCUGGGGAUGCUCUCCACGCUCACCAUGGGUCUAACGAUCGACGGCUUCGGCCCCAUCUGCGACAACGCGGGGGGCCUUGCCGAGAUGGCGAAUCUGCCCGCGGAGGUGCGAGAGCGCACGGAUGCUCUUGACGCUGCUGGGAACACCACUGCGGCGGUCGGAAAGGGCUUCGCGAUCGGCUCCGCGGCCCUGGUGUCGCUGGCCCUGUUCGGCGCGUUCUGCGAGCAGGCGCCGCGGGGGCUGGGAGAACGGCCUCGUCCUCCUCUGCCCCCCGCCUUCCUCCCCCUCGUUUCGUCUCCUCCCUCCUCUCUCCCUUCUCCUCAUGUUUCGUCUCCUCCCUCCUCUCUCCUCUCUCCUCUCUCUCCCUCUCGUUUCGUCUCCUCCCUCCUCUCUCCUCUCUCUCUCUCUCUCUCUCUCCCUCUCGUUUCGUCUCCUCCCUCCUCCUCUCGUCCCCACGCCCUCCUCCUCAUGUCUCCUCCCUCUCUCCUCCGUUAUCGUCGCCCUCAUGUCCCUCCCGUUCAUCCUUCACGUGCUCCUCAUCCCCGUCCUCCUCCUGCUCCUGCUCCUUUCCCUCCACCUGGCCCGCUCCACCUCCUCCCAUGCCGCCUGAGACAGCAGCGCGGAGGAGAGAUGGGGAGGGGAGGGGAGGAUGGGCGGUCAGCGCAAGGAGGCGUGUAG